AUGAGCAACGGCGAUUCUCUGGCGGCUUUGCCAGUCCAUGCGAUUGCUGCAUCGAAAAAGUACUUGGUUGCUCUUACUGGCGGAAAUAUUCUCCUGUACGACGUCCGCACAGGCGAGCGCCUAGCCGCGUUGGACGCGUGUGUAGAUCCAUCCGUUGCACCGGUAUCACUGGCAGGAUUUCCUAGACUAUGUGCUAUAUCACCGCGUGAAACAUACGUGGCAGUCGCAUCAGACGACAAAGUGCUUCGAGUAUGGGAUACAUCGAAUGUAGCAUACGGCCAAGAGGUGCUUGUUCAACGCCUUGCAAAGCGAACAGGCGCCAUGCAAUGGGUCCAGGACGACGAAAUCAUUGUGGCCGACAAGUUCGGUGAUGUUUGGAGUUUUGAAAUCGAUCCAUCAAGAUAUAUGUUAGAUCAGCCACAACAACAGCAGCCGCAGCAAAAAGAACCAUCUGCUAUUGUCGCGGAUGCGGACACGGACGACCAGACAUUGCAGCCCAAACUCGGUCAUGUUAGCAUGGUAACUUGCCUGGCAUUUCUCAGGGACCAUGAAACAUCGCCUAAAAGCAUUGUGACAUGUGAUCGUGACGAACAUAUUAGGAUUUCACGCUGGGGCCCUCGACGUGCCGCGCAUAUUGUGGAACAGUAUCUCCUCGGCUCACGCAGUUGUGUUGGUGCCCUGACUGUGGUACCUGCUGAUCGUGCAAGUCGCGCUGGCUUGCCAUGUUCAUCCCAACCAGUGCUUGUGACGAGUGAUGGCGGUGCUUGUUUACGUGUAUGGUGUUGCCAUGCUGAUGGCAAGUACCGUCUCCAUGCAACCGUUCAUUUGGAUGUACACGCGUUGCUCGAGCAUGUCACUGUGGAUGCGGCCAUCGAGAGACGUCGAGAGAAAGAUGCAGGGAAUCUGGCGGCGAAAGACACUGUGUUUGACCCACAUAAGACAGAGCCGGAGACCAAGCGGCAGAAAUCCGAUGAGCACCAAGAAUGCAAUUCGUCCACUGCCGAUUCGCAACCCUCGCUCGUGAUUCACCACCUUUCACACUUUAUUUCGGACGAUCGCGAUUGGUUGCUCGUAUGCAUUGAGGGCGCCCGUGCUGUCUUUGUUGUGCCGCUUGAUCAUCUCACGAAGGAUCGAUCAACGCCGGCUUUGCCUGUCAUUGUCACGUGUCGGAUGAACGCACCGAUCCUUGACGUAUCGCUGGUGCCAGAGGCUUCCGGCGGGGAUCGUUCAGGGGCGCCCAAGCUGUGGCUGUGCUGUGAUGACCGACCUGGGAUGGGGUCUGGUCCGUCUGUGAGUGAAUUUGCAUGGCGAGACGAUCAUUUCGAAGCUUGCGAAGUUCCUCCUAUGAAUACAUCCUUACGGGCUUUAGUCGCCCCAGAUUCGUCAGCGGCAACAACACCCCGUGCAUCAGCGUCGCCCGCAGCACUCUCAAAACUAUGCUUGUAUUCACAGAUCAUGACUUGGCCCAAGCCUCCACAACCUAAUGCAGACGGUACGCCAUUUCUAAGCUAUGCAUGGGGCGAUCGUUCCGAAACCGUAGCGCGCCAGAUGUAUGAUCGGUUCCAGUCCGGAAAACGUGCCGCGGGACGUGCAAGAAACCAAGCGAGUAUUCAGCAACAGUUUGGGGGUAACAAUUCAUAG